AAGGAAGGGAGCAGGAGGAAGAGGAGGAGAAGGGACGCUUCCGUCGUUCCCUCAACCUCUCUGCCUCUCCUUUCUCUUUCUCUUGGUGGCCGCCCCUUGUAACAUUUGGCAUCCAUCCAACUGAUCGGAGCAUCGCCGGCAUCCAUUCCCGGUGGAACCGAUGAUGCAGGGAAGCCCCCUGAGUCCCGAUGAGCACCGGCUGACCUCGCCGCCGAGCCUGCACCAGCCGGCGUCGACCAUCGUCGUUGCCAUCGACCGGGACCGCAACAGCCAACUGGCCAUGAAAUGGGUGGUGGACCACCUCCUCUCCGGCGCCUCCCAUAUCAUUCUCCUCCACGUGGCGGCCCACCCUCCUGCAGCCAACCAUGGAUUUGCCAUGGCUGAGACGACGCAGGACGCGCUGGAGGCUGAAAUGAUGGAGAUCUUUGUCCCCUUCAGAGGAUUCUGCUCUAGGAAUGGGGUGCAAGAAUCGGAGGUGAUACUGGAAGAGGCAGACGUCCCCAAGGCCAUCAUAGACUACAUCAGUGCCAACAAGAUCCAGAGCAUCGCGCUGGGCGCGUCCAACAGGAACGCAUUCACCAAGAAGUGGAAGAACCCCGACGUGCCCUCCAGCCUCAUGAAGGGCGCGCCCGACUACUGCAACAUCUACGUGGUCGCCAAGGGCAAGCCCGUCAACGUCAGGCUCGCCAAGUGCGGCGUGCCGGCCGACGACAGCGACUUCCUCCUCGCAACCUACUCCAGGAGGAGCUCCAGGAGCCAGCUGCCGCCGGUCUUGCCCGACUUUUUGUCCUCCAGCAGGCGCUCCAUCGACAGGCCCGAGCUCACCACGCGCCCGCCGUUCCGCGAGCGGCCCCUGCAGGCGUCCGCGACCAAGCCCCACCUCCUCUUGGCAAGGAUGGACAGCACCACGCUGCGCUCCAACUCCCACGACCCAUCCAGCCUCGACCCCGACUUCGCACAGGCCGUGCAUUUCCCCUCCAUGGACUUUGGCGAGAACAUGGACGCGCUCCCCCUCAGCCCCCGGGAGCCCGGCUCGCCCCUCUCCGCCGCCCAGCGCGAGGUGGAGGCGGAGAUGAGGCGGCUCAAGCUGGAGCUGAAGCAGACCAUGGACAUGUACAACGCAGCAUGCAAGGAGGCCAUCAACGCCAAGCAGAGGGCCAAGGAGAUGCACCUGCUCAAGAUGGAGGAGGCGCGGCGCCUGGAGGAGGCCCGUCAGUCGGAGGAGGCCGCAUUGGCGCUCGCCGAGAUGGAGAAGGUCAAGUGCCGCGCCGCCAUGGAGGCUGCCGAGGCCGCGCAGCGUCUGGCCGACCUCGAGGCACAGCGUCGCCGCAACGCCGAGGUGCGCGCGCGCCGGGAGGCCGACGAGAAGGUGCGCGCCCUGGACGCCAUCGCCAACCACGACUUCCGCUACCGCAAGUACAGCAUCGACGAGAUCGAGAUUGCCACCGAGGGCUUCUCCGAGAGUCUCAAGAUCGGGGAAGGCGGCUACGGCCCCGUCUACAGCGCCAGCCUCGACCACACUCCGGUCGCCAUCAAGGUGCUCCGCCCGGACGCCCAGCAGGGCCGGAAGCAGUUCCAGCAGGAGGUGGAGGUGCUCAGCCGCAUCCGCCACCCCAACAUGGUCUUGCUCCUCGGUGCCUGCCCGGAGUACGGCUGCCUCGUCUACGAGUACAUGGAGAACGGCAGCCUCGAGGACCGCCUGUACCGUCGCGGCGGCACGCCGACGCUCCCGUGGAGCCAGCGCUUCAGGAUCUCGGCUGAGAUCGCGACGGCUCUGCUGUUCCUUCACCAGACCAAGCCGGAGCCGCUGGUGCACCGAGACCUCAAGCCGGCCAACAUCCUGCUGGAUCGCAACUACGUGAGCAAGAUCAGCGACGUCGGGCUGGCGCGCCUCGUGCCACCGGCGGUGGCGGACAGCGUCACGCAGUACCGGCUGACGGCCACGGCGGGCACCUUCUGCUACAUUGACCCGGAGUACCAGCAAACGGGCAAGCUGGGCGUCAAGUCGGACAUCUAUUCUCUGGGCGUGCUGCUGCUGCAGGUUAUCACCGCGCGGCCGCCCAUGGGGCUCACGCAUCACGUCGAGAAGGCCAUCGAGUCCGGAACCUUCGCACAGAUGCUGGACAUCACCGUCAAGGACUGGCCCGUGGAGGACGCGCUGGGGUUCGCCAAGCUCUCGCUCAACUGCACGGAGAUGCGGCGGAGGGACCGACCGGACCUCGGCACCGUCAUACUGCCGGAGCUCAACCGGCUCAGAAACCUCGGCAUCGCCUACAACCAGGCGCGCGCCACCGUCCCUGCUGGCGACAGCAGUUCGCAUGGGGACGGGAACGGGCAGGAAGGGGUCAGCUCACCGACGGCUGACGCGGGGUUGUGGAGAACGGCGGAAAGCUAGCAUUGGCACACAUACACAGGGUUGUCUGUAUAUUAGCUCCGUUUCAGAUAGAGAGUGAGCUUAAGUAAUUACUGUACAAGAGGAGAGGGGCAUUAUGAAUGCCCACGUUCUUUUUGAGGUUAAAAAUACUUUACCUUGGUGUAUGUAGUUUCUAGCAUGCUUAACAUUGACAUGUUUGCAGUGCUGGCUCAUAAUUUUGAUUCACAAACUUUGUACAUCCAUCGAUUCAGAAUGUUUCUCUUUUUUUUGGGCCUGUAUACUGAAUUUACAUGCCACUGGUGCUCUUUUCCUUCC